GGCUGGUUGAUCGAAGAGGGCGGGAGCUAUAAGCCGUAGUUGUGGAGGGGCGCGGAAUCGCAGCGCAGCACCUCGCAAGGAGAAAGGGUCCGCCACAGGAUAUCUGGAAGGAUAGAGGGCGAUGACCACACCAGCAGGCUCUGGCACGGGCUUCGGCUCCGUGUCCUGGUGGGGCCUGUCCCCAGCGUUGGACCUGCAGGCCGAGAGUCCUCUUGUGGACCCAGACUCGCAGGCCGAUACAGAGCACGGAACCCCACAGCUAGAUGUGCUGCUGCUGGGCUCCGUGGAUGGGCGGCACCUGCUGCGGACCCUGGCCCGCGCGGCACUCUGGCCUCGCAGAAGGUUCCAAUUCUACGUGCUGGAGAAUAAUCUGGAAGCUGUGGCCCGACACAUGCUGGUCUUCAGCCUAGUCCUGGAGAACCCUGCGAAGAUGGGGCUGCAAGAGAAAAGCGAGACCUUCCUGGAAGUGUGGGGGAACACGCUACUGCGCCCCCCGGUGGCCGCCUUCGUGCGUGCUCAGGCUGACCGCCUGGCACACUUGGUCCCAGAGCCUGACCGCAUGGCGGAGCAGCUGCCCUGGCUCCGCCUGGGCGCCCUGAAGUUCCGAGAGCGGGAUGCCCUGGAGGCCGUGUUCCGCUUCUGGGCUGGCGGGGAGAAGGGGCCCGAGUCCUUCCCCAUUCGCUGUCUCUGGGACACGAGGCUGCGCCACUACCUGGGUUCCCGCUACGACGCCCGGCGCGGUGUCAGCGACUGGGACCUACACAUGAAGUUGCAUGACCGCGGGGCCCGAGUCAUCCACAUCCACGAGUUCCGGCGCUGGAGGGACACAGGCAUUGCCUUUGAACUCAGAGACUCCAGUGCCUACCAUGUGCCCAAUCGGACCCUGGCGUCGGGUCAUCUCAUGAGCCACCGCGGGGAGCGUGUGGCAGUGCGAGGGUACUGGGGAGACAUCGCCACGGGGCCCUUCGUGGCCUUUGGAAUCGAAGCUGACGACGAGGGCCUCCUGCGGACUAGCAACGGGAAGCCGAUCAAGACAGCCGGCGAGAUCACACAGCACAAUGUGACAGAGCUGUUCAGAGCGAUGGCGGCCUGGGAGUGUGGGAAAGUUGCGCAGCAAGACCCCGUGGAGGUGCUGGGCCAAGCGGAUGGAACCCAGGAGCCUGCAGCCCCCAGCCCGGAAUCCUUCACUGUCCACUUCCUGCCCCUCGGCUCUGCUCAGACCCUCCACCACAAGAGCUGCUACAAGGGACGGUUCCAUCUUCUCUACAUGGCCUGUGGGAUGGUCCAUCUUCUCAGCCCUGAGCUCGGGGCCUGUGUAGCCCCUGGAGGACGCUUGAUUGUGGAAUUAGCCCGGUACCUGGUGGACCUGCGGCAUGAGCAGCUUCAGGGGUUUACCACCCGGGUUGCGGAGCUAGCUCAGGCAGCUGGAUUUGCCCCAGAGCCCGGGGCCAGGCCCUCAGAGACCUUCGUGCGCUUCUACAGGUCAGAAGACUCUGCUACCGACUGCAUUAACCUAGCAGUGGAGUCCAGGCCUUCAGCCCCUGAAGUCCUGGCUCCACACCCUGAAGUGCUGGAUCAGCCCCCUGAAGUCCUGGACCCAUCCCCUGAGGCAAUGAACCCGCCCUCUGAGGACCUGAUGCAGUCCCUCCAAGGCUGAACCCCACCCUCUGAACCUCUCCAAUUGCCCUCAGAGUCUCGAGGUUAACUCUCUGAGGCUUUAGCUCCAACCCAAAACCAAGAGAGCCUGACUAGAUCCCCAGAAACCAAGUCCCCAUCUCUAACUUCUAAAGUCAGGUCCUGGAAUUAGAGCUUGCCUCCAGAACACUCAGUUAUACCUUCAUAGGUUUCACUCCACCCCAGAGGUUGCUGGAAUUUCAGAUUCUAUUCCUGGGAUUCUAUGUUCUAUUCCUAGAAUUUAAGAUUGUUCUCUCAGAGUUCUACACUCCACCCCAGAGACUCUAAACACAGCCUAGAGAUUGGGCCUUGGGUCUCCGACCAUCUACGUUGUCCCCAGGUGUCCCAUUCCUAACUGGGGAUUGGGAUGUCUCCUCUCCUGGAGCUGAUCUUUACCCACGUGGUCCAAGUAAAGAGAGCCUGGUCUUCUUCUCCA